AUGGCCUACAAUUUUCCUCUCUACCGGCCGUGGCAGCUGUCGCCAUCCUUCACCCCGUCCGUAUUUCCGCCUGCCAUGUUGCGGUCCGCUCGCUGCCAGCUGCGGAGCAACCGCUGCUCCGGCAUCCCACACGCGCCUUCGACGCGCUUCUUGCGACGCGGAUAUGCCGCCGUCACCGAUGCUUCGAGCCUCCCCCGAGUCGGCGAGCAGCUCCACGGCUUCACCCUCAAGCGCGUCAAGCAGGUGCCCGAGCUGGAGUUGACAGCUCUCGAGCUUCAGCACGACAAGACGGGUGCCCAGUAUCUCCACAUCGCGCGCGACGAUGCGAACAAUGUCUUCUCCAUCGGUUUCAAGACGAACCCGCCCGAUGACACUGGAGUGCCCCAUAUCUUGGAACACACCACGCUGUGCGGCAGCGAGAAGUAUCCGGUGCGCGAUCCCUUCUUCAAGAUGCUUCCGCGCUCGCUCUCCAAUUUCAUGAACGCCUUCACGUCCUCGGAUCACACCACCUAUCCGUUUGCGACCACCAAUGCCCAAGACUUCAAGAACCUCAUGUCCGUAUAUCUCGAUGCGACCCUUCACCCGCUACUGCAGGAAAACGACUUCACACAGGAAGGUUGGAGGAUAGGCCCAGAAAACCCAUUGGCUGCGCAAGAGGAAGGCGCCGACGAGGCCAAGCGUCUAGUUUUCAAGGGUGUUGUGUACAACGAAAUGAAGGGUCAGAUGUCGGACGCGAGCUACCUGUUCUACGUCCGCUUCCAGGAUCACCUUUUUCCGGCCAUCAACAACUCGGGCGGCGAUCCGCAGAAAAUCACCGACCUUACUUGGGAACAGUUACGCAAAUUUCACGCAGACCACUACCAUCCGAGCAACGCCAAACUUUUGACAUAUGGGAACAUGCCUUUGACGGAGCAUCUAAAGGAGAUCGACCAGCGCCUGCGUAGUUUCAACCAGAUCUCUGUGGAUCACGAUGUGAAGGUUCCCAUAGAGCUUGACGGACCGAGGCAUGUUACAGUACCCGGACCACUGGAUCCCCUCGUACCAGCCGAUCGCCAGCAUAAGACGUCGGUGACCUGGCUGAUGGGCGAUACCGCCGAUAUUUUGGAAAAUUUCUCGCUCGGGGUGCUGAGUAGCCUGUUGAUGGAUGGUUACGGGUCUCCUUUAUAUCGCAACCUCAUCGAGUCGGGUCUAGGUGCCGAUUUCAGCCCGAACACAGGCUACGACAGCGCUGGGAAGCUUGGUGUAUUCUCCGUAGGGUUGAACGCUGUCAAAGAGGAGGAUGUGCCAAAGGUCCGAGAAACUAUUGCGAAGACACUACUUGACGCACGAAAGAAUGGUUUUGACAGCAUCAAAAUUGACGGGAUCUUGCACCAAUUGGAACUGUCGCUGAAGCACAAGACCGCCCAUUUCGGCAUGAACAUGAUGCAAAGGUUGAAACCUGGUUGGUUCAAUGGUGUAGAUCCCAUGGCUGCGCUGGCGUGGCAGGACACAGUAAACGCAUUCAAAGAAAGACUUGCAAAAGGAGACUACUUGGAGAGCUUGUUGGACAAAUACCUUCUUAACGACAAGACACUGACCUUCACAAUGACACCGUCCGAAACAUUCGCACAAGAAUUGGUCGAUGAGGAGAAAAAGCGGCUUGCAGAGAAAAUUUCUGAGGCAACUAAACAAUUCCCUAGCCAAGAAGAGGCCCAGAACUAUCUGGAGAAACGGGAGCUCGAGCUGCUCGAGGUGCAAGAAAAUGCCAGAAACCAAGAUCUCAGCUGCUUGCCGACCGUGCACGUAAAGGAUAUCCCCCGUGAGAAAGAACGCAAACCGCUCCGGCACGGCGAGGUUGACGGGGUAAAGGUGCAGUGGCGUGAAGCUCCAACAAAUGGCCUAACUUACUUCCGUGCGGUACACUAUCUGGAGAACUUACCAGAGGAGCUGAGGGAGAUGAUUCCACUGUUCACGAGCGCCAUCAUGCGACUAGGGACUCGUAACAAGAGCAUGGAGCAAUUGGAGGAACUAAUAAAGCUCAAGACAGGCGGAAUAUCGGUAGGCCACCACGCAUCACCUUCGCCGCUCGCUCUAGAACAGUUCAAGGAAGGUUUCUCCUUUUCUGGAUUCGCAUUAGAUCGCAACGUACCCGAUAUGUACGGACUUCUCCGUACCAUCAUCAUCGAUACCGAUUUCGACGGCCCAGAAACGGAAAAGAAGAUUCGUGAACUAUUGCAAAGCUCUGCCAGCGGCGUGAUUAACUCCAUCGCCGAAUCCGGCCAUUCCUUCGCCAGGACCUUUGCAGAAGCAGGACUUACACCUGUGGGUAGGCUAAACGAGCAAACGGGAGGUUUGUCUCAAGUCAAGCUUACGGCAGGUCUCGCAGCACGUCCGAUAACCGAAUCAUUGAGCGACGUAAUUGCGAAACUCAAGGCCAUUCAGUCGUUCGCCAUCGCACAGGGUGACAACCUCCGUGUUGCCCUGACGUGCGGCCCCGAGAGCUCAACGUCGAACCAAAAAGCUUUGCAACACUUCCUCAGUUCUUUGCCGAAGAACGCCACCAUACCUCCAACAUCACAACAAGCGGAAUACCCCCGGAAUGCCAAGUCUUUCUUUCCCCUCCCUUACCAAGUCUACUAUUCGGCAAGAGCCGUGCCAACAAUACCCUACGUCGAUGCCUCUAGCGCGUCUCUCGAGAUUCUUGCACAACUUCUCACCCAUAAGCACCUCCACCACGAAAUCCGCGAAAAGGGCGGUGCCUACGGCGGAGGCGCUUACUCGCGCUCGUUAGGAGGCGUGUUUGGCAUGUACAGCUACCGCGACCCUAACCCGCAAAACACCAUGAAGAUCAUGUCCGAAGCAGGACAAUGGGCACGCGACCGCACCUGGACGGCACAGGACCUCGAAGAAGCCAAACUCAGCGUCUUCCAAGGCUACGACGCGCCGCAGAGCGUCAGUCAAGAGGGCAUGCGGCUGUUCCUGUCCGGUAUCACAGACGACAUGCUGCAGACACGAAGGGAGCGCCUGUUGGAUGUCACGGCCGAGCAGGUCCAGCGCGCCGCAGACGAGUUUCUCGUGAAGCGAGUGUCCGAGAGCAGUGUUGCUGUCCUAGGCGAGAAGAAAAAUUGGGCCACGGAGAAAAACGGCUGGGACGUACGAGAUUUACAUAUGGCGGAGAAGAUGGAGGAGCUCGCGCAGCAAAUGCCUGAUGAGGCCGUCGCUGCGCCUUAG